AGUGAAGACCCGGAGAUGGCUCCAGGGAAGCGAGGCAGCAAGGCCAAGGCCAAGGGGGCCCCGGCGCCGGCGCCGGCCGCCGGCGGGGAGUUCCCGGGCUGCCUCCGCCUGAUGCCGCCGUCCACCGUCGCCAUCUCCGUCCACGCCAAGCCCGGCUCCAAGAUGGCCACCAUCACCGAGAUCGGCGAGGAGGCCGUCGGCGUGCAGAUCGACGCGCCGGCGAGGGACGGGGAGGCCAACGCCGCCCUUGUCGACUUCAUCAGCUCGGUGCUUGGGGUGAAGAAAAGAGAAGUGUCCAUCGGCUCCGGCUCGAAAUCGAGGGAGAAGGUCGUGCUGGUGCAGGAUGCGACACUCAAAGGCGUCUUCGAGGCCUUGAAGAAGGCGUGCUGCCCUUGAUGAUGUAUGUUAACCGCGAGUACGUAAUAUAACCUGGCUGAGCAGAGUGUAUCAGCUGUAGGAACCGGUGCUCUUUCUCCGGUAAAAAUCGGAGCGAACCCAGUAAAGAGGCUGAAAACUUGGACACCGCCAGUCUUGCCCCUGAGAUGGUGAUGGAUGGGGAACUGCUCCUUUGUUUUCUGAAGAAAGAGUAACGGUGAUGAUGUAUGUAUAGUGUGCAUGACAGGCUGAGCCUCAUGACAUUUGUUGUUGUCCGUCAGAUCAGAUGGUGCAAUUAACAGCCAUGGGUAUGUUAUGUGUUGUUACAAACACAUGCGCCUGUAUGUGUUGUUGAAGUAUGUGAAAUAAGCAGUGCUGAACCGACUGUCGAAGAUAUGACCGGCGAAGCAUGAUCUACUUGGAGAUGUAUCUCUAUUUUUUUUCACUUUCUGAAGCAUUGCAGUUCAGUAUUAGGAUUGGGAUUGUACUUUGUAGAGAUUUUGCUUCUUUGGCCAUUCUGCUUAAUAUGUACUCCCUCCGUUCCUAAA